AUGCGUGAUUUGCUGUUCGGCUUUCUGGAUGCAAUCUUUAAUGUUGUUUGUGCUGCGGAGCCAACUACACGCAACAAUGACCUUGGUGAUGACCAACGCAAGUUGGAGUUUGCUCUAUUGCAUGCAUGUGGUGCUAUCAUGCAGGUCUCAUGCAGGCGCCCACCGCAUGGGGAUGGGGAUGGAGAAGGGGGGGAUCUCGGUGGAUCCUGGCAGAGAACAAAGCCGGAGCAGCAGAUGUCGCAGCCAGUCGAUUGUCUGGCCCGCCACCGAGGUGAGCACACGGCGCGACGGCGCAUUCCUGGGCGCGAAGACGGGCGGCCAAUUGGAGCGGCCAGGUCUGGUUGCGCGCGCCAAGUGAAGGCUGACGGUCGUCGGAGAUGCAUCUACGUCCAUAUGCGCUAUCGAUCAAGUCGGGUUGAUUUGACUGUAGUGGCUAAUGCCGAGCUUGGCGCUAAAACAAGCACCACAUAUUUGAACGAAUCAAAUGUCACUCUUUUAUACAACAACAACCAAUAUGCUUGUAUUCAUUCACCUACCACUACAAGUAUGUACGCAAGGGGCGGCUGA